CCUCCGGGGGAAAAAAAGGCAGAGAAAAACAACAGGAAGGGGGAAAUGUAAAAGUGGAGUUUGUGGAGGCUGCCGACACGGGGGCAUGCUGUGUACCCAGGAUACAAACACAAGGACGCGGUUAAAUGUGAACUCAGCAUGAGGCUUAUUCUGUAUUUCACAUUCGCCUUAUUGCCCCUCGAGGCAAACCCCUGUAUCCUUCUCCCCCAGGGUAAAGCAGAUUGCAAAGGCAUGGGUCUACAUUCCAUGCCAUCUUCACUCCCCCAAGAUGUCCGUUACCUGGACCUCUCCAACAAUGCAAUCCGUAUCACCAAACCGUUGACAGGACAAUUUUCGGAGAUACUUUUCCUAAACCUCUCUCACAACCCUCUCCACAUCCUCCCAAGUCAAAGCUUCCAAGGCCUAGACAAACUCCAAACAUUGGACCUCAGCCAUUGUAACAUCUCCAGCCUGCACCCCAACACAUUCGACGGCCUGGAGAACCUGAAAAUUUUGAUCUUAAGUGACAACAGCCUCAGUUCAAUCUUUUUGGGGAAUCUUACAGCACUAAGACUCCUAGAUGUAAGGAAAACCCAGAUCAUCCCAUCACAUCCCUCUAAAUAUCUCAAGAGGAUAAAGCUUGGUGACAUGCUGCUCCGUCAUGGCCUCUGUGAUUGCGUCUCAAGAGGACCUCUCGGUACUGUUGAUCAGAAAGUUUCUGGACUGUUCUGCCCGUGUCCUGCUCAAGUCAAUGAGAAAGGUGCUCAGGUUUUGAGAGUCGGGUAUGGACGCUUUGCCCGAGACGUGAGUGAAAUCUCCUUCAAUGACUCCUCAGUUAACUCAACAGCCUCUCCUUCGCCUACUGAAAGCCCGUCCCAUGGAAGAAGCUGGCCUUACCUGGUGGGGUUCGUGUUGGCGGCCAUCGCCCUGUCAGUUCUCAUUGCCGUGGCGGCCAAGUGCAAUCUCAUCCGCAAAUACCUCAGCAGCUACCGCCACCGACCUCUGCCGGAGAACGAAUGGAUCAGUGAGUCCCAAGGCGAGCUCCCCGGGGUGCCCCUGCCGCCCCCCGAAGACGAAGACGGGUUUAUCGAGGAUAAUUACAUACAGCCAAGGCACCAUCAUGAGGAAGAGGAGGAUGAGGACGAUCGCAUGAGCACAUUUCGUGUCUGACGGACAUAUCUGUACCUUUAGGCCCAUGUAUUUAUCACCUGAGAGAAGGAAUUUUAUUAAACUGGAGCUAGCGCUUUAUUUUAGAAGAA